AUGUCCUUCCUCGAUACAAUUAUUGCAAAUCUACCAUCUACCAACGGUCUGCUUCCCAGUUGGCUUCUGUUUAUCUCUGCCGUAUCCGUUUUCAACUCUGCGCAGACUUAUGUCGCCGAUACCAAGCUCACCAAGCGCGUGUACGAAGCUGCGCCUGAACAGGUAACUCCGCUGAGUGCACGCACGUUUGGCACAUGGACCAUGAUGGCCUCCAUGAUCCGUUUCUUUGGUGCAUACUAUAUCUCCAAUCCAGCCAUCUAUAACAUGACUAUUUGGACUUUUGUCCUGGCUGGUUUCCAUUUCGGCACUGAAUGGCUGGUUUUUGGUACUGCAAAGCUCGGAAAGGGAUUGGCAGGUCCGCUCUUCACCGUUGCCUUGACCCUUCCUUGGAUGAUUUUGCAAAGAGACUUUUAUGUUCAGUAA